AUGGCAAAGACAAAAGUUUCGAUAGGAGUAAGAUUCAUCAUCUUUGCUACAACGUUAGCAGCUGCACUUACCAUGUUGAAUAGCAGACAAACGGUUCACAUAAAAGAUGGAUACACUUUUUUAGCAUCUUACGAGGAUUCUUACAAUGGAUACACUUUUAAACCAACAUACAAGGAUUGGAGCAGCUUCCAGUUCUUUAUAGUAGUGAACUUUCUUGGAGCUGCUUACAACCUUCUUGUUAUAAUUCUUCCUAAUGGGAGUCUUCUAUGGAAGUUGGUCGUUGUUCUUGAUAUGGUUAUUGCAAUGAUACUUGUUGCAAGUUGUGCUGCAGCAUUAGAGACUUACUCUCUUCUCAAGAAUGGAAAUAUUCAAUCAAGCUGGCAACCCAUUUGCCGUUUUGUUCCAAUUUUCUGCUCAAAAGUUAUCUAG